AUGUCUGACAAAUCUCAAAACCCUAUGCGUGAAUUGAAGAUCGAGAAGUUGGUCCUGAACAUCUCGGUCGGUGAAUCUGGUGACAGAUUGACCAGAGCUUCCAAGGUGUUGGAACAGUUGUCUGGUCAAACGCCAGUGCACUCCAAGGCUAGAUACACUGUCAGAACCUUCGGUAUCAGAAGAAACGAAAAGAUUGCCGUUCACGUCACCGUGAGAGGUCCAAAGGCUGAGGAGAUCUUGGAGAGAGGUUUGAAGGUCAAGGAAUACCAAUUGAGAAACAAGAACUUCUCCGCCACCGGUAACUUCGGUUUCGGUAUUCAGGAACACAUUGACUUGGGUAUCAAGUACGAUCCAUCCAUCGGUAUUUUCGGUAUGGACUUCUACGUUGUCGUUGGCAGACCAGGUAACAGAGUUUCCAGAAGAAAGAGAUGUAAGUCUGUUGUCGGUAACUCUCACAAGACCUCCAAGGAGGACACCAUCGCUUGGUUCAAGCAAAGAUACGAUGCUGAGGUGUUGGAUAAAUAA